UUGAUUCAUCCUUAAAUUGCUCUAAUGUAGUCUGCUUUUUGUUAACAAUAUCUGGAAAUUUCUUCCACAGAUAAGGUCCCCGGUAUUUAAUUGAAUAGGAAGUUAAUUUUGAUUUAUGUUUUGGAACAAGACCACACAAAUAAGAAGAGCUUUAAAAGAAAAGAUGAAAGUAGAACGAGCAGCAGGGAAAUACGCUUUUAUAUCGUACGGUUGAUCAUACGUGAUUGGGCUUCCAAUCGAAAAAAGAAUUAGGUAUGGCAUAUUUUUCAAGACCAUUUCUGGAGAAGCAAAGUUGUUUAAUGAGCAAAUGAUCGCUCUAUGACUUAAAACAACACUGCCUACAAUUCUCUCUCUACCAAUGUUUGCCUCAAAAGUUUACAUUUAAGUAAUGAAAAGUGCACAGGAGGCAAGCAUAGUAAAGUUCGACUGACUGGGACGGCCACGGGUAAUGUUAAAGGAGAAAGAAUUUCAAUGUUAGCAAAUGGAAAAUCGAAAUCUCCUAGAUGUUUCAAAGGUGUGAAAAAUAUUCCUUGUUGCUAUGGGGUCCAAUCAAAAAGUUGGAUGUCGGCAGAAUUAUUCGAGGAGUGGGUUAAAGAAAUUGACCAAAAGUUUAGUUUUCAGAAAAAAAAAUUGCUUUAAUUAAAAAUAAUUCUUCUGCCCAUCCUAACGUGCAGAAACUUGAUUGGGUGGAGCUUAUCUUUCUUCCACCGAAUACAACCUCGAUCACCCAACCUAUGGAUCAAGAAAUUAUCCAAUCUCUUGAAGCAAAAUAUCGCUCACUUGCAGUGAAAAAGCAGAUAGCUGCCUUGGAAAAAGAGAACAAGACACUUACGCUUUCUAUUUUAACUGCUAUGUUUAUGCUAACAGAAGUAUGGAACUCUAUUCCAGAGCAGACCUUUAUAAAUUGUUUCAAGAAAUCAAUAAUAUUAUUAGAAGUAGUAAAAAAGCAUAUAAAUGUUAAUAACAAUCCAUUCUGUGGCUUAGAAGUAGAAGAGGCUGUAAUGGAAAACUCUAAAGGCGAUCUUGAAUUGUUAAAAGCAAAAUUUGAUGCAGAUUUUAACCUCACGAUCGAUGAGUUAGUUAACAUAAAUUUCGAUGUUUGCAUUGCAAAAAUAUCAUCAUAUGACAACAUUAUUGCAGAAGUUUCUAGACAUGAUGCUAUUGAAACUGAACAGAAAUCGGAUGAUGAGUGCGUUGAUGUUUUUGACGAUGCUACAAAACCAAGUUUAAACAAAGCAGUGCAUGCUAUCACUGUACUUGAAAAUUACAGUCUUUGUUCUAACUUUGCAGAAAAUUUGACAAAGGCUCUUAAAGAUAAAAAUUGCGUCGUUGACAUAGAUUUACAAAGUCAUAAAAGACAAUAUACUAAUACUGACUUUUUUUUUGAAAAUGUAAAUGUUUAAAACGCAUAAUAUAUAUUGCAUUUA